CGUCAUUAUUAAUUUUGGUUUACGAUAAUAACGUUCAUUAAUUUAAUACGCGAGUCAAAAAAGUUUUAUAAAUCUCGCAGUUGUACGUUUUAAUCGUCAAAGUGCAGAAGACUUGAAUACUGAAACAUUUACAUUACGGAUUGUGCAUUUAUUGAUAAACACAUCUAAGAUGGCCACAGAAGUGAGUGCCCCUCCCUCGGCCAUGCCGCAGCUGCAGUCAGUGCAGAAAGCCAUGGCUCUGCCCACAGUGGAAGCCGCAGUUGGCCAAUUCGGAGCCCUGUACACUAAAGUUAAGGGCGCCCACUCUCUGCUGGAAUGGGCGCUCUCCACGGCCGAGGCCGGCGUGCAGAUGGCGGCCACCACGGCGGCGCCCUACGUGGCGACCCCGCUGGCGGGCGCGGACGCUCGGGUCGCCGCGGCUAUUGACGAGCUGGGCCGCCGCGUGCCGCUCGUCAACCAGCAGCCCAAGGUCAUCGUGGAGACCACCAAGCAGGCCGUGCUGGCGAGAGUCAGCCCUCAUGUUAACAAGGUAUGUGGCGCCCGCAUAGCAGCAGAACAGCGGGUCAAGUCCCUCAAGGACCUCUCCUGGGCCAAGGCCAACGUCUUACUCUCCACGGCUUACGGCCAGAAGGCCAUGCACGGCGUCGACUCGGGAGCUACGUACGCCAUGCAGCUGUUGGACCACUACCUGCCGCCUGUCGCGCAGGAUGCCCCUGCUACUGGUGACAUAGUCCCAGCCACCAACGACCCAGCUCUCCACACGGUGCAGACAGUGGGCCGCCUGAGCGCCGUGGCCGCGCGCCGAGUGUGGUCCAACCUCGUUUACAAAGUCAACGAGCUCAGACAGUCUGGAAUAGAGUUGGACGUCCGCCGCUACAUCGCAGCCCUGCUAGCGGCUCUACACCUGGCAACAGUGACCCGUCACCAGCAACAGCAGGAGAGCUCGCAGGCGGCCCCGCCCACCCUCGCCGAGCCCCGCCCCCCCGCGCACACGCCCCCGCAGGCCCAGGAGACUGUCCCCGCCACCAGCGACCAGGUCAAACCCACCCCGGAGGGCAAGUCGCAAGCGCCGCAAGAGUAUUCACAAAUGGAAUAGUGUAGUCUUUUGUUUUAAUUAUUUUAGUGUUUUUUAAACGCCACUGCAAUUAUAUUUAAACAGUGUAUUUUAGUAGUUAUGGCGCACUCUAGCAUUUAAGGAAACAUUUAUAAUUUCAUUAUAAUUAUUAAUGAUUAGGAAUAUUUAAAAAAAUAAUAUUAUGAAUCUUUUGAGAAAAUACUGCUUAUAAAAGACUGUACCCGCCUUGUCUUUUGAAAUGUUUUUUUCUUAUAAACAUUUAUCGCUUUUUUAUGGCAAAAAGUGUAUCCUGAAUAAAAUCUAAAUAUAUUUAUUUAACUUUGUA